GGAAGCGAACCAGCUGGUGCAGAUCGACACCCCGAAGGACAAGUGGAGUGUGAUCAAGCACACCAGGACGUACCCGACCGACGCCUACGGCUUGAUCGAGUUCCAGGGCGGCGGAUUCGUCAACAAGGCCAUGUACAUCAGAGUCUCCUACGACACCAAACCUGACCACCUCCUGCAUUUGAUGGUGAAGGACUGGCAGCUGGAACUGCCCACCUUGCUCAUCUCCGUCCACGGAGGUCUCCAGAACUUCGACCUCCAGCCCAAACUCAAGCAAGUGUUCGGCAAAGGCCUGAUCAAAGCCGCCGUCACCACCGGAGCUUGGAUUUUCACCGGCGGGGUCAACACAGGGGUGAUCCGUCACGUAGGAGAUGCCUUAAAGGACCAUUCCUCCAAGUCACGGGGGAAGGUGUGCGCUAUAGGAAUUGCUCCAUGGGGCAUCCUGGAAAACAAAGACGACCUCAUCGGAAAAGAUGUAAGCAAACCCUAUCAGACGAUGGCCAACCCACUGAGCAAGCUGGCUGUGCUCAACAACAGCCACUCGCACUUCAUCCUGACUGACAACGGCACCUGUGGGAAGUACGGCUCUGAGGUCAAACUCCGGCGGCUGCUGGAGAAGCACAUCUCCCUGCAGAAGAUCAACACGCGUAAGGCCGACACUCGUGCGUGGUUGCACGGAAGAACUGAGUAUUUCUGGCUUUGUGUUCCAGGUUUGGGUCAGGGGGUUCCUCUAGUGUGCAUGAUAGUGGAGGGAGGCCCCAACGUGAUCUCCAUCGCACUGGAGAGUCUGAGGGACGAUCCGCCCGUCCCCGUGGUGGUGUGCGACGGCAGCGGCCGAGCUUCCGACAUAAUAUCCUUCGCGCACAAGUUCUCAGAGGACGGAGGGUGA